AUGGCCCGUUUCUACCCACUCUACGUCCGCCGGAGUGAUGGGAAGAUCGAGAUCAUUGUCAAAGGCAAACGAAAAGAGCUAAACCAACCCACCGAUGACCAGCUCGACCAGCGAGCCGACAAGGAGGGGAUCAGUGACUUCUACCGGGAAGUGGCCCUUGAGGAGCCGAAGCAUAUGGACUGGAGGAGGAAGCUUGGUGGCAUGCUGGCGAGAGAACUGAAUUGGAAGGAUAAGACUGGAGGUGACAACGGCUACAUACUCGUAUCGUUCCCUGAAAACUACCGCCUUUAUGAGCACGUCAAGAAGACUGAGAAGGAUGGCAAAGCCGAGGUCAAGAGCAAGACACAUGCUGCCGGUGGGAACGACAGACAAGAUGCAUAUCUAUACGGACAUCCUGAUGGGCGGAAGAAGAGGUUUAGGAGUCCUAAUGACUUCUUUCCGCACCUGCUUUGGCUCUGCACAGAUGAGAGUGGUGAUCCGGACAACUGCACUUGCAAGAUCUGUACACCAGAGGAUGUGGAGACCGUGUUACCAGGGGUCAAGCUGAAGAUGCCAGAGAGGCCAGUCGGGCAAGUACAGCUGCCAGCUUCUAUGGCACGGCAGCUCAGUGCACAAGGCAUGAAGCAAGAACCAGUACCCCGGCCUGUAUCUGCUGCGCCCAAGCCGAAUGUACCCGCACCUCUGCCGCUGGCGAAGACGGAAGACCACAGACUGGAUCGAAGAUACAAUGUCUUCAUGUACCGGCCUGGGGAGCUGGUUUGGUUCAAACGAGGGCAAGCAUGGGGGUUGGGAGCAAUACUGCGGCGGUGGCUUCUCCAGUCAGGAUCAAACAACUCCUCACAUCAAUAUCUGGUGCAACCACUAUCAUAUCCAGGACACAAUCCACGACCGGUCAUCAAAUCAUCAGACGCAGAGAUGCGGCCGUGGCUGGCAUGGAGUGUACCUCGAUUCACAAACGAAGGCCUGAACAACCUGGCGAAUCCUCCUCGCUACGACAGCGCCGACUGGCGAGGCAUGAUGGAGAAGAGAUACGGCAGCGGCGACAUGGAAGUCGACGGCUCGAUCUUAGCAGCCAAAACCGUCGACUCAACCUACACCCUCUUCAACCACAACCGAACCAUCCAACCCGAAGCCCUCGUCCAAGAAAACCACUUCGACGGCAUCUUCCUCGGCGCCGAGAAGAUCUGGACCGGCGACCCCAUCCGCCUGCACCGCACCGACCGCUCCACCGACAUCAUGGUCGUGCACACCAUAAUCGACAUCAAAACCGUCUCCGCCAUGAACAAGAACCAAAUCCUCGACCAAACUGUCAAACUCCAAGGCGACAUGUACACCCUCACCACCGUCCCACACCCCAACCCCGCGAUCCCCUCCCCGGCCGCCCCAAACAACAACCCACACCUCCCCACCCGCCUCACCGACGACCUCGCCUACCGCAACGCCCGCUCCAUCCCCGCCAAACGCACCGCCUCCUACUGGAACCUCACGCACCCCAACCUCCGCAUCGACCUCAACGAAAUCAAAGGCCGCUGGUACGAAGCCUCCCUCGUCCUCCCCAUCCUCCAACCCCAGCUCUUCGAGGACGCCGCCCGCCGCGGCGAAAUCCAGGAAUCCUCCCUCUGGAUGAACGCCCGGGGGGAUUGCAUCAACAGCAACCGCGCGCCGAAUUUGCCGCGCUUGCAGAGGGUGAAUGUGAGGAAGGAGAGUAGGAAGGAGGCUUUUGGUAGGAGUGUUCCUCCGAAUGUGGUGAUUUUAGAGGGUGUGAGGCCGCCGGUGCCGGAGAAUGUGGAUCCUGCUGGAGCUGGGGCUGGGGCUGGGGCUGGGAAUGUUAAUGUGAAUACUUCGACGGCGAUGGAUAUCGAUCCGAGGUUCGAUACGGCGGAUGAUGGAGGAGGCGGUGGACAAGGACAGGGACAAGACGAUCGAGGUUUGGAGGAAUUCAUGAACUUGGACGAUGAGAUGUUCGGAGGCGGAGGUGGGACGCAGAGUCCGUUCUUUAAGCUUUGA